GUUCCCCGAUUAUAUAUGGCUGCAUACUCCAAUAUCAAUAUCAAUUUGAGCAAUGCAAAGCAUAGCUGGCCUUUGGCCAUGGAUCCAAGCAUGCUUGGCCAUUCUUACAUUGAUCACAAUCCUGAUGCUCUUAUUGAGGAGCAACAAAAAGAGUGUGAAGCUAAACUUGCCUCCAGGCCCCAGAAGGCUUCCAAUAAUCGGGAACUUACAUCAGUUAGGCGUUUCUCCGCAUCUCUCCUUAGCUCGUCUAUCACAAAAACAUGGCCCACUCAGGUUGUUACAGUUGGGCCAUGUCCCCAACCUGGUGGUUUCCUCUGCUGAAAUGGCUAAGGAGGUGAUGAAAACCCAAGACUUGGCCUUUGCUAGUAGGCCUAUGCUUGUUGCUCUGAAACAACUCGCCUAUAAUUGCAGUGAUUUGGCCUUCGCACCCUAUGGCGAAUACUGGAAACAAGCACGGAAGAUAUGUGUACUCCAAUUGCUCAGCUUAAAGAAAGUGCAGGCAUUCCAUUCGAUAAGAGAAGAGGAGGUGGCUUGUAUGGUUAGAACCAUCUCCAGCUCUUGUGGUGAUGGUGGUGGCGGCGCAUUGAAUCUCACUAAGAUGCUUCAUACUUAUACAAACAACAUUGUAAGCAGGGUUGCACUGGGCAAGAAGUACUACUCUAAUGGAGAGCACGGUAAGUACAAUUUUAAGGAUAUAUUGGACGAUAUGGCCAUAUUAGGAAGCUUCUGUGUGGGAGACUUCUUUCCCCGAAUGGAGUGGGUGGACAUUCUCACAGGGUUUCAAACCAGGCUCAAGAACAGCUCUCGCGACUUGGAUGAUUUCUCGCCGAAUGAUCUGAGAGCACCAAUGCAAGAGGCACCCGAUUCUACGACCGAGCAAAAAGACCUUGUCGACAUUUUGUUGCAGCUCCAGAAGGAUCAUAGCCUUGAUAUUCCUCUCACAACUGAUAACAUUAAAGCCAUUAUCAGGGAAAUGUUUGCAGCAGGAACAGAAACGACGACAGCAACUCUAGAGUGGUUGAUGUCUGAGCUCGUUAGGAACCCAAUAUCCAUGCGAAAAGCUAAAGAGGUACUACGACAAGUAGUUGGCGGGAAAGGCAAGGCAAUUGUUGAGGAAGGCGAUCUUCAACAGUUAGAAUACCUUCACUCUUCAAUCAAAGAGACCCUGAGGUUGUAUCCUCCGAUUCCCCUUCUAUUACCAAGCAAACUAAGGGAAAAUACUAUGGUAAACGGAUCUGAAAUAGCCGCAAAAUGCCGGCAUCCUGAUUCAUGGGAGAGAGCAAAUGAGUUCUUGCCUGAGAGGUUUAUAAAGAACUCCAUUGAUUUUAUGGGAAAAGACUUUGAGUUCAUACCAUUUGGAGCAGGGAGAAGGGGGUGUCCAGGAAUAAGUUUUGGCAUAAAAUCAGUUGAAGUUGCAGCGGCCAACCUCCUUCAUUGCUUUGAUUGGGAACUUCCCUUUGGAAGCCAAGGACUAGACAUGGCUGAAUCCUCAGGGAUUACCAUGCAUAGAAAAUCUCCUCUAUUGCUUGUUGCUACACCUCGAUGUGCUUGAAAAUAAGAGAAAAGCAUGUUAUGGGCUAUUAAUUUUAACGUAAAAUAUAAAUAUUGAUGACAUCUGGUGUCAUGUAGUUUUAACCUGUUAAAAAGAAUCCUCUGUUUUGUAAAAUAAAGAAAAACUAGAUUGGGUUAAUAAUUAAGGUAAGAGAUUAUGUCAUCCUUUGAGAUAUAAUUGCUCCAUUUGGUCCCAACUAGUUAAAGAGAA